GGGGAUUAUGUCAACAUUUCUCAAGCCAAUUUCUCAAAAUUUCUCAGAACCGUUCGCACAUCAAGUUCUGAUGAAGUUCCUGUUGUUAAUAUCAAAGUAUCCGAAGGAACUUCCCCCAGGACAUUUCCAGUCACCUACCAUUGGUAUUCCGCGAUCCGGAGAAACGCCUGCUCGCAAGGAGUUGACUUCUCCGACACAGACACCUACAGAUACUAAUCCGGGAAGUGAUACAUGUGGGGAUGAAGUUCUCGAUCUAUUUACUUAUCGAUCAUCAAUCGAACAGUCGAUAAACGAGUUGCAUGACGACAUGAAAGAACUUCAGACAGAAGUUGAGAGCGCGAGGGAGUAUGUGCAGAGAAUGCAGGAAAAAUAUUGUAGGGCCCCCGCUCAAACCAUUGGCAAUGGUAAACAAUGUGGAAAUUGUCACUUGCGACUUGACCAUACCGCGCGACAGUGCCAUAUUGAAAAAUGCGUGACAAGCCAGCAGUGUGGGGAUGUAAGUAAACACCCGGAAGAGAAGUCUAUCCUGGAAGGUGCGAAUGAUCAUCUAAAACGACUAGAGAAAAAUUUGCGAGAAAAAAACGUUGGAUUUAGAGAUGAAGCAGAAGGCAAUCGAUUCUGUCAAAAUUCUUUUAGCCAUGCAGAAGAUAAGAGGCCAUUUGAUCAAUAGUAAUAAAGAAAAAUACCUGCUGAAAACAUCGAAUGGAAACUAUGUACCAAGAUCGGGUCUUGUUAAUAUUGACACUGCGAAACUGGAAAAAUAUUUUCAAGGCAAAGUUCCGGAUAAUGUCGAAUUGGUUGCCAAAACCUUUCAAAUGAUUAUAAACAAUUUCGACAGCGGACGCCCAAAUGCUAGGUUAAAAACCCUGCUCGACCUAUUUUGGAGGCAAAUUCUGUUCGAUUCCCAUCAGCAGCACUGGGAAGGCC